CUUAGUUUGGCAAUCUCACAAGAUCCCCCUUUCUGUCAUUUUUCGUUCAAAGCAAACCAAAAACUUCAUUGUUAAAACUUCAAGUUCAUAUAGGCCUAACUGAAUUCCACAUUUCUUUAGCGUUUAGAAGGAGUUAUAACCCUCUAAUCGGUGGUGCUUCAUACCCCAGAAGAACCCUCCAACAAUAGUUGUGCAGGCAUAUACUCAAACUUGCAUGUUUCCAUAAAUGGCAACACAUUCAUUUGUUUCUUGUUCUUGCUAUGUAGCCUUCUUUUUCUUGACGAUCUCUAAAGGGAUGGAUCUGGUGACUGCAGCGCAAGCUUCCAUCCCUUGAUAUAUUCACAAUCAGAUCGGAUUCCCAAGUCAUGAAAAAGGAAUAUUGGGAAGUACAUUCACUUUUAAAAAUAGGUGUGAUUACAUGGUAUGGCCCGGGAUAUUAUCAAGUGCGGGCAGUACACCAUUGGAUAGCACGGGGUUCGAACUCAGCCCGGGUGAGUCACGGUCCUUACAAGCCUCACCCGGUUGGUCCGGCCGAUUUUGGGGUAGAACCGGUUGCACCUUUGACUCAAAUGGUCAAGGAAGUUGUGCAACCGCUGACUGUGGCUCCAAUCAAAUGUCAUGUAAUGGGGCCGGAGCGACCCCACCUGCAACCCUAGCCGAGUUCACAAUCGGAUCACUGUCAGUAUCAGGAUCAGUGUCAGGGUCAAGCACACUGGAUUUCUAUGAUGUAAGCCUAGUGGAUGGAUACAAUUUACCUAUGGCGGUUGAUGCUAGUGGCGGAUCGGGUGCAUGUGGUACCACAGGGUGUGUGACCGAUUUAAACCGAAUGUGUCCACCCGAAUUAAGAGUAGGAAAUGGACAAGCUUGCAAAAGCGCUUGUGAGGCUUUUGGGAAUGAGGAAUAUUGUUGUAGCGGAUCAUUUGGAUCACCAGAUACUUGUCGCCCAUCAGUGUAUUCCGAGAUGUUUAAAUCGGCAUGUCCAAGAUCGUAUAGCUAUGCGUAUGAUGAUGCCACUAGUACGUUUACAUGCACGGGAGCGGAUUAUACAAUCACGUUUUGCCCCACAUCAACAAGUCGAAAGUCUUCAACCGAUCCAUCAACCGGAACAACAACAAAUUCACCACCGAUGAUUCCAAGAGCACCCGUUCUCGAAGAUGACCCAAACGGUUCAUCAUGGCUGCCAAGUUUCACCAUUGGAGGAUCAACAAGACAAAUUCCCGAUAAUGCCCUUGUAUUGACACUAAUUUCUUUUAUUGUCCUUCAUUUUUUCCAAUUAUAAAAAAGAAAAAAAAAUGAAUUGUAAUCAUAUGAGCAAUUUUGUAUAGAGAAGUUCUACAAUUGCUUGACCACAUUCAGGAA